AUGGACUUCAACAGCUCUUUGCCUCACCCAGCGGGUGUCAUCUCGUUCCUCGACACCGAUCUGUACAAGUUGACGAUGCAAUGCGCCGUUCUCAAAUACUUCAAAGACGUCCCCGUCACCUACUCGUUCACAAACCGCACUCCCGAGAAGAAGUUGUCGCGCGAAGCCUUCGUCUGGCUCGAAGAACAGGUUAUGAAACUCGGGAAUAUCAGCCUAUCCCCCGAGGAGCUCCAGUUCCUCAAGACUCACUGCCCUUACCUAACCGAAGAGUAUCUUGAUUACCUUUCCGAGUUCCGCCUUCGGCCGCGAGAGCAGGUCGCCGUAUCCUUCCGCCCUGAUGGUGACUCAAAUCUCGGUGAUAUCCACUAUGAUAUCAAGGGCAAUUGGGCCGAGACUAUUCUCUACGAAAUUCCGCUUCUCGCACUCACUUCGGAAGCCUACUUCAAGUUCAUGGACACGGACUGGGAUUAUGAUGGCCAGGAAGACAAGGCCUUUGAGAAAGGCAUGCGCCUGCUCGAGGCUGGUUGCGUGUUCUCCGAAUUCGGAACCCGCCGGCGCCGCGACUACCACACGCAAGCUUUGGUGUUUAGGGGUCUGACCAAGGCGGCCAAGGAAGCCGAGAAGAGAGGCCUGACCGGCAAGCUCUCCGGCACUAGCAAUGUUCACCUUGCCAUGCGCUUCAACAUCCCACCCGUUGGCACCGUUGCGCACGAGUGGUUUAUGGGUAACGCCGCCAUCCUUGGAGAUUACAAGUCCGCUACAGAGGAAGCCCUUUCCCACUGGGUUGGAUGCUACGGAGCUGGCGUCCUCGGCAUUGCGCUCACAGAUACCUUUGGAACCCCUGAAUUCCUCAGGGCGUUCAGCAAGCCAAUAUCGGCAUCUGGAGAGCCCGUACCGCAGCCAAGGGAUCGCAAGAUCAGCACGGCCGAUGCCUUUAUCUCGGCAGCGAAAGAUGUCAUCAAGGACCUCCAUCCCGACAAGACCUAUGCCCAAGUUUUCACGGGUGUCCGCCAGGAUUCGGGAGACCCCAAGGAGUUUGUCAAGCUCAUGCGCAAGUUCUAUGAUGAACAGGGCAUCAAGGACAAAAAGGUUAUUGUCUUUUCCGACUCGCUGGAUAUUGACAGGUGCUUGGAGUACAAGGAGGUUGCUGAAGCGGCCGGCUUCCAGCCAACUUUUGGUGUCGGUACCUACUUUACCAAUGACUUUGUCCACAAGGCUACUGGCAAGAAAUCCACGCCUCUGAACAUUGUCAUCAAGCUAAGCUCGGCUGCCGGAAAUCCAGCAAUCAAGAUCAGUGACAACGUGGGAAAGAACACAGGCGAUAAGGCGACGGUCGAGAAGGUCAAGCGAGAGCUCGGAUACGUCGAAAAGGAUUGGAGCGAGGGUGAUGAGUCGGCAAGAUGGGGUCACGAUGGUGAUGCUGCCACGGCAUGA